AUGCCUAACUGGAAGGACUUAUUAACCAACCGGGACCGCGAUUUCUACCCAGAGGUCGUGGUCCCCCUCGCCCGCGACUCGACGGCCCCAGUGACCGAGUCCAAGAACGAGGCCAAUGCACAGGAGAAGGGCGUGGCCGGAGAGUUAACAAUCGAGUCUCUGCGCGCAGAAAUCGAAUCGGGGGUUGUUGUUUCCGGCCAUGACUCUGCCUAUGACCGGAAAGCCAAGAUCAUCAACAGGGCCAUCCAGGACAUCGGAAUGGGUCGCUACCAAUGGGGCCUGUUUACGCUUUGUGGCUUCGGCUGGGUUGCCGACAACCUUUGGCUGCAGGGCGUUGCUCUAACACUGACACCGCUGUCCAUGGAAUUCGGCAUCAGCGAGUCCGAGUCUCGAUUCGCGACAUGCUCGCUCUUUGUUGGACUGAUUGUAGGCGCCACUUUCUGGGGUAUUGCAUCUGAUAUUAUCGGGCGACGACCGGCCUUCAACUGCACGCUUUUCCUCUGUGGUGCCUUUGGUCUUGCCGCUGGUGGCGGGCCUAACUGGGUUGGCACCUGUGCUCUGUAUGCGUGUCUAGGCCUGGGGGUUGGCGGAAACCUGCCAGUCGACGCCGCCGUGUUUUGCGAAUGUCUCCCUCCCGACUCGGGUGAGUUGCUCAGUGCUCUGGCGACAUGGUGGUCCGUCGGUACUCUGAUUUCCAGUAUGCUCGCCUGGGCUUUCAUCCCCAACUUCUCCUGUGAAGACGCCGCAACCUGCACGCGCGCCGACAACUGGGGAUGGCGCUACCUGGUCCUCACCCUGGGAGCCAUUACCUUUCUUAUGUGGAUCUGCCGCUUCUUCCUCUUCACCUAUUUCGAGUCCCCCAAGUUCCUGAUAUCGCGCGGCCGUCAGGAAGAAGCCGUCGCCGCCGUCCAGGGCAUCGCGCGCAAGAACCGCACCACUACGUGGCUGACCGUCGAUGUCCUGAACGAGGUUGGCGGAUUCCCGGAAGAGGCUGCGGCGGAGCAGGCGAAGAAGGAGACUUCAGCUGCCAGUGCUGUCAAGCGCUCACUCGAACGAUUUUCCCUCCAGCAGAUCAAGCCGCUGUUUGCCGAUAGGAAGCUAGGUUUUUCCACCGUCCUCAUCUGGUUCUGCUGGACCUGCAUCGGCAUGGGAUACACGCUCUUCAACGCUUUCCUGCCGCAAUACAUCGGCGCAAACUCCACUGUCUACGAAACCUACCGCAACUACGCCAUCACCGCCGUCUGCGGAAUCCCCGGCCCGCUAGUCGCCUAUUGGCUCGUCGGACUCCCGUACAUUGGGCGAAAGGGCACAAUGGCAAUCUCGACCGCCAUAACCGCCGUCCUGCUCUUCUGCUUCACGGCCUCCAAGGACCCGAACGUGCAGCUCGUGUGCUCGUCGCUCGAAUCCUUCUUCCAGAUGAUGAUGUAUGGUGUGCUGUACGCGUACACCCCUGAGGUCUUCCCCGCGCCGAACCGCGGCACCGCAGCAGGCAUUGCGAGCUGUUUGAAUCGUAUUGCAGGUCUCAUGGCGCCGAUUAUCGGUAUCUAUGCGAGUGGAAACCCCAUUGCCCCGAUUUAUGCGAGUGGUGGCCUUCUGCUAGCCUCGUUCGUGGCGAUGGUGUUUUUGCCGUUUGAGACGAGGGGCAAGCAGGUUGUUUAG